CUCAAUAAUUGUCGUUCAAUAUCCGGACAUUCUAGAAACCCCAUCUACUCCUCGCACCCCUUUUACACCACCACAUACACACAAUAAAAAUGGGCUGGCUUCCCUGGUCCUCCGAAUCUACCAACACCGCCUCCGAUGGUGGCCGCAUAGCUCCCGAUCGAACCUCCCGCCAACGAUGCUACGAGGGCCGCGACAUGUUCUUUUCCUGCCUUGACCGCAAUGAUAUCUUGGAUGCAAUUAAGGAUGACAAGGAGGCGCGCCGGAAGUGUGGAAAAGAGAUUGCAGAGUUUGAGACGGCUUGUUCGAGGGCGUGGGUCAAAUAUUUCAAGGAGAAGCGCGUGAUGGAGUAUAACCGGGACAAGACAAUUGAGCGGAUCAAGAAGGAAGAUGCGGCCCAGGUGCAAGAAUUGAAAGCACAAGGAUGGAACUCUCGGUAAAGAAGAU